AUGCGCACCUGCGACAUCUACGAGUCCAACGAUCAACCCACCCUAGGCCUCAAAUGCGACACUUCAGGCCCGCAGCCUAUAAUCCUCGUGCCGCAGCCGAGCAACGAUCCCAAUGACCCAUUAAACUGGCCAUUAUGGCGUCGCGAUCUCAUUCUCGCCAUACUUUCCUUCGUGACCGUUCUCUGCACCACCCUCACCUCUAUCUUGGCCGCGAACACAGUCACCAUCGCCGAUUACGAGGAGAUCACGUUCACCGCUGCGGCGCUGUUGACCGGGUAUCACCUGUGCGGCGUGGGCGUCGCAGGUAUUCUAAUCGUUCCGACUGCCCGAGUAUGGGGCAAACGGCAUUUGUUCUUGCUCGGCCAUGUGCUCAUGAUCGCCAGCUGUGCGUGGGCCGGGGCAAGCGGCAAGAACACAAACAGUCUGAUUUGGGCACGGGUCUUCCAGGGUGUUGCGCUGGCGCCGUUCGAGGCGUUGGUGAAUGCCUGUGUGGGAGAUCUUUAUUUCGUCCAUGAACGAGGUAAACGAAUGGCCAUUUCCAAUGUUGCGCUGUUCGGCGCAGCUUUCUUGACCCCCGUCGUGGUGGGGAAGAUCACGAAAACGAUGGGAUGGCAAUGGUCCUUUUACUUCGUCGCGAUUUUCCUUGGGGCUUCGCUCCCGCUCAUGUUCUUUUUUGUACCAGAAACCGCAUUCCGGCGCGCUGAGAAUUUGAACACAGACUUCAGACGCAGUGGUGGACAGGGCGAGUCGAGUGAGUCUCAUGCAUCGCUUAGUGCGUUUAAUGACGAGACGAAAGAAUUGAGCCCGGGCUCUCAUGCCGCGGCUGAGACCGCGAUACCGAUUCCAGAAAAGGAUUCAUUUGUGAAAUCGCUUCGGCUCUUCAAUAGACGAAAGACAGACGAGAGCUUCUUCAAGUUGCUCCUUCGUCCAUUCCCGUUAUUCUUCCAUCCGGGCAUUCUUUGGGCAUGCCUCAUUCAGGGCGUUGUGAUCGGCUGGGCCGUCUUCUUCGGCGUAGUCUUGGCAAUUGUCUUUCUCGGGCCGCCACUGUGGUUCGAGGAAGAUAAGACCGGCUACCUGUACACGGGGGCCUUCAUCGGCUCCAUUGUGGGUCUCAUUCUGUCCGGGUUGCUUUCCGACUCUAUGAACAAGGUGAUGAUUCGACUCAACCAUGGCAAGUAUGAACCCGAGUUCCGGAUCUUGCUUGUGAUCUUCCAGCUUCUAUUCUGUGGGAUUGGUCUCUACGGGUUUGGAUGGACUGCGAACGAUGUGGCACGAUAUGGCUGGUUGCUGCCCGAUGUCUUUUUCGCAUUCCUGAUUGUUGGCAUGGUGAUGGGUGCAGUUGCUGCAUCCCUCUACAUCGUCGAUGCGCAUCGUGAGAUGGCUGUUGAGGCCUUCACUUGCAUGCUCGUUUUUAAGAACAUGUUCAGCUUUGUCCUGACGUUCUAUGCGUACGAAUGGUUCUCCCACGGGGGCAUUAAGCAUACCAUGGUUGUCCUUGGUAGUAUCCAAGUGGGGAUUUGCCUGUUGAGUAUCCCCAUGUAUGUCUUCGGGAAAUGGAACCGGUCCUUCUUUGCGCGUCAUGACAUCCUCGAGAUGCUCCAUCUCCGCUAA